AUGUCGACCCCUGCGAUUUCUCUGAAUGACGGUACGAGCAUCCCGUGGCUCGCAUUCGGCUCGGGCACCGCGUUCUUUGGCAAGGACGCCAGCAAGCCCGUGACGGACGCAAUCCGCGCGGGCUUCCGACACAUCGACGCUGCGCAGAUGUACAAGAACGAGGAGUACGUCGGUGCGGGCAUCGCUGCCGCGGGCGUGCCCCGCGCGGAGCUCUACAUCACGACGAAGCUCAACAAGGUGCCCGAGGGCCAGACUGUGCGCGACUUGCUCGUGGACUCGCUCCGGAAGCUGCGUACCGACUACGUCGACCUCUUCCUGAUCCACAUGCCGACGUUACACGAGGAUCUGAAGGCAACAUGGCGCGAAAUGGAGGGCGUCCAGCGCGAGGGUCUCGCGCGCUCGAUCGGCGUAUCGAACUUCUCGUUGAGAUAUCUCCGGGAGGUCCUCGAGGUCGCGACGAUCACGCCCGCGGUGAACCAAAUCGAGUACCACCCGUACGUGUCUCGGGCAGGCGCGUCUCUCAUUGCCACGCACAAGGAGCACAACAUCACUACCUCGUCGUUUGGAGGCUUGACACCCCUGAUUCGUGCCACGGGUGGACCCCUGGACGCCGUGCUCACGAAGAUCGCAGCGCGCGUCGCGCAGGGGUCAGGCAAGGCUGUAACCGAGGGCCAAGUUUUGCAGCUCUGGCUUCGCAAGAAGGGCAUCGUCUGUGUCACAACGACCUCUAAGCUCGAGCGGCUGCAGGAGUACCUUGCCGUCCGAGCUCUGCCUGACAUUUCUGACGAAGAGGUUGCAGAGAUUGACGAGGUUGGGUCGACACAGCACCAUAGAGCAUUUGUGAGUUUUCCUAUAGCUCUGUGUAGGGUGCACACUGAUUACACUGUUACUUGCAGGCCAAAUGGAUAG